AUGGCAGAUUUCUCAGUAUUGCUGGGGUUUCUGAAGCAAACACCUUGGUGCCUCACCAUCUUCUUCACCUACCUUCUCUUCCUUCAGUUGUGGGAGGUGAACUCAGACGAGGUCUGGGUGCUGGGCCCUGAAGAGUCCAUUUUGGCCCGCGUCGGGGAAGCGGUGGAGUUCCCAUGUCGCUUGUCAUCAUACCAGGACGCAGGCUACAUGGAAAUCCUCUGGUUUCGGACCCAGGUCUCCAACGUGGUGUACCUGUACCAGGAGCCACAGGGACGUUCAAACCCACAGAUGGCGCAGUUCCGAAACAGGACCUUAUUUGAAGCUUAUGACAUUGGCGAGGGCAGCGUGAACCUGCAUAUCCUUAGCGUGGUUCCCUCUGAUGAGGGUCGAUAUGGGUGCCGCUUUCUUUCCCACAACUUCUCUGGUGAAGCCACGUGGGAGCUGGAAGUAGCAGGAUUGGGCUCAGACCCACACAUCUCCCUCGAAGGCUUCAAUGGAGAAGGCAUUCAGUUGCAAUGCAGUUCCAGUGGCUGGUACCCCAAGCCCAAGGUCCAGUGGACAGGCCACCAGGGUCAGUGCCUUUCUCCAGAGUCUGAAGACAUCACCCAGAAUGCCCAGGGCCUGUUCAGUCUGGAGACAUCUGUGAUUGUCCGAGGAGGGACUCAUAGCAAUGUGUCUUGUAUAAUCCAGAACCCCUUGCUGCCCCAGAAGAAAGAGUUCGUGAUCCAGAUUGCAGAUGUCUUCCUACCCAGAACAUCACCCUGGAAGAAAGCGUUCGUGGGAACCCUGGUGGUCUUGCCACUCAGUCUGGUCGCCCUCGCGGUGCUGGCACUGCGGUACUUUUACAAGCAGCGGCGCUUUCAAGAAAACCGGGUGAAGCAGGGAGAGAAGGACCGAGAGAAACUUCAGACAGAGCUUGACUGGAGAAGGUCCGAAGGCCAGGCUGAGUGGAGAGCAGCCCAGCAAUAUGCAGUGGAUGUGACCUUGGAUCCUGCCACAGCACACCCUAGCCUGGAGGUCUCCAACAACCGCAAGAGCGUGUCCUCCCGCCUGGGGGUGCCCAGUACCGCAGCCGGCGACCCGCAGCGGUUCUCAGAGCAGACAUGUGUGCUAAGCCGGGAGCGCUUCUCUAGUGGUCGCCACUACUGGGAGGUGCACGUAGGCCGACGCAGCCGUUGGUUUUUGGGCGCCUGUCUGGAGUCCGUGGAGCGCUCAGGGCCUGCGCGCCUAAGCCCGGCGGCCGGUUACUGGGUGAUGGGGUUGUGGAACCGCUGCGAGUACUUCGUGCUAGACCCGCAUCGCGUGGCACUAGCGCUACGCGUGCCUCCCCGGAGGGUGGGCGUCCUGCUGGACUACGAGGCGGGGAAGCUGUCCUUCUUCAACGUGUCCGAUGGCUCGCACAUCUUCAGCUUCACCGACACUUUCUCCGGGACGCUCUGUGCCUACUUCAGGCCCCGAGCCCACGAUGGCAGCGAACACCCUGAUCCUAUGACCAUCUGCUCUUUGCCGGUUAGAGGACUACAGAUCAACGAAGAGAACGACAAUGACAACUGGCUACAGCCCUAUGAGCCCUUGGACCCGGCCUGGUAA